AUGCAGAGAUUCUUGAGCUAUAUCACUGGAUGGACUUCGACAAUGGCAUGGCAAGCUGGAAACGCGCUUGGCAUUUUCCUCGUCGGCAGCCUGAUCCAAACAAUGAUUCUGGUCAAUGAUGAGAACUACGCGUUCCCAUCCUGGCAGGGUACACUCCUGGCCUUCGCCGCGAUGAUUAUCGCCUAUAUUGGCAACGUGUACGGAAGUAAAGUCCUGCCAUACUGGCAAAACGCCGUGUUCGCCAUCCAUAUCAUUGCGUACUUUGGCUACAUUGUCCCUGUCUGGGUCAAGGCCCCUACGGCCACGCACAAGCAGGUCUGGGCGGACUUUCAGAAUGAAGGAGGCUGGUCCAGUAUGGGCUUGACGCUUUUGGUAGGGCAGCUCACCGGAAUUAGUGCCCAGGUGGGAAUCGAUACGUAA